AUGACGGGAUUCGACCUGAACAUAGUCCAGGAGGAGGACGGCGCAGAAGAGGGCACGGAGGCCUCACUGGCGGCGCCCCACGCGCAGUCCUCUUCUUCUAUUUGUCUCGAGCUCUGGCGCGCGUGCGCGGGGCCGCCCAUAUCGCUGCCGCAAAAGGGGAGCCUCGUGGUGUACCUCCCGCAGGGCCAUUUGGAGCUGGCGGCGGCGGACGGCGGCGGCGACGGAGGUCCCGCCGGAGCGACGUUCCCAUCGGGUGUGCCCCCGCACGUCUUCUGCCGGGUCGUCGACGUUAAUCUCCACGUCCGUCUCCGCCCUUUUCAGCUCAAAUUUCUCCAAGAUUGUAAUUUUUUCGACUGGGUUUUCUCUGCCACUUUAAUUUUUAGUGUUCUGGGUUUUCGUUCCAGGCGGAAGCGUCGACGGAUGAUGUGUACGCGCAGCUCUCUCUCAUGCCCGAAACAGAGGUCGAGUCCUUCCCCACCUUGAUGGAGCGAGAGAGAGAGAGAGAAUGAAUUAAAUGAUAAAUAAAUCGAUUCUAAACAUCUGAGAUGGUUGACUGCGGAGUCUUGUAUUGCUGCUUGUUCUAAGGAAGCACGAUUUUCUCCUUUUUUUAUCGUAUCUGCUUGAUUUUCUUCCCCAUUUUCUCUCCUCUAAAUGCGAAUUCCUUCUGGAGCAGGAAUCUCUGCAGCAGCUGCAAGAAGGCGAGGGCGAGGAGGGCAACCAGGAGGCCGGCGGCGCCGCCAAGCCGCCGGCAGCGACCCACAUGUUCUGCAAGACGCUCACCGCCUCCGACACGAGCACCCACGGCGGCUUCUCCGUCCCCCGCAGAGCCGCUGAGGACUGCUUCCCACCACUGGUACCCAAAUCAGACUCUGUCCACCUCCAUCCCACUGAAAUCACACUAUGGAUUCGGCUUUCUCCUGCCCAAGAAAACUAGGGUCGACCUGGGCGUGUUCUUCCCCAUUGUUUCAGGACUAUAAUCAGCAGAGGCCUUCACAGGAGGUCGUUGCGAUGGAUCUGCAUGGCACAGAGUGGAGAUUCCGGCAUAUAUACAGGGGUACGAAUUAUUUAAAAUCUAUACGACGAAACCUUAAUAAUAUCAUUCCAUAUUGAGUAAAUUUGACACCCCUUCCCUCUUGAAGGUCAACCACGGAGGCACCUGCUCACCACCGGUUGGAGCGCCUUCGUCCACAACAAGAAGCUCGUCUCAGGCGACGCGGUGCUCUUCCUCAGGUGGGCAUACCCUCAAACACUGGAGAAACUUUAGCCGAUUUAAUUUCAUGGCCAUAUGAGUGAUAUGAGUGAGUCUCUUUCUCUGGUUCGCCAGGGGUGAUGAUGGAGAGCUGAGAUUAGGCAUCCGGAGAGCAGCUCAGCUCAAGAGCGGCGCUCCACACUCGGGUCUUGGCAUGCAAACCCCUAACAUCGGGGAUCUCUCCGACGUGGUCAACGCCUUAUCAUCAAGAACUGCGUUCCACAUUCGCUACAAUCCGAGGUCUGUGAGGAUUUCCAGGGUUUACCUGCCAACCCUAGCCCAGACCCUGAUCUUCCGCAAAACCCUUCGCAGGGCGAUCCGAUCGGAGUUCGUUCUACCCUAUUUGGAGUUCUUGAAGAGCCAGGGUAGUUCAUACUCCAUUGGAACCGUAUUCAAGAUGAGGCGAGGCAGCGGAGAUGCUGCAGAGAGGAGGUCCGCCCCCAUCUGACCCAUCUGUACUAAAACUGUUUUUUUUUGUGUACAGUGUUUGAAGUGGCCCCCAAGUCCUUUUCUGACAAGUCUCUUAAAUCUUGUGUUUUUUAUUACACCUUUCAUCAUCAGCUACACCGGGUCGAUCAUCGGCGUCGGCGACCAGGAUCCGGUUAGGUGGCCUGGUUCACAGUGGAGGUGCCUUCUGGUAUGAUCUCCGGUUCAUCCCGCAUCCUCGCGGAGCCCAUUUUCCUUUCUUUUCUUUUUUUUUGCAUUUUGAUAACCUGAAGAUAGUUCUUGACUUGGGAUCCCCGAUCUUUCUUUUUUUUCCCCCCGUUGUUUGAUUAUUUCCUGAAGGUGAGGUGGGACGAUGGCAUGGAGAUUAGCGGAAGGAGCAGGGUAUCACCUUGGGAAAUAGAGCUGUCUGGUCCGGCUCCCGGCUCCGGCUGCUCCUCGGGGCCUCCUCCGAAGAGAAACAAGUUCGCCCUCUUCUCCGCCGUCGGGGGAUUCCCAGCUCCCAGUAGGUCUUCCCCUCUGCCCAGAAGAUCGCUUCAUCAGAUUUAUCUUUCCUUUUAAAGUAGCCUUCCUCGCUCUUCUCUCUGCAACGGGAAGUGGACGCCCAGGCUUCGGGGAUCCGGCCGGAUUCCAAGAAGGGGUCUUGCAAGGUCAAGAAGUCUCGGGUUUCAGCGCCGCCCGUCAUGAUCCUCGCCCGUCGAUCGGUCGACUGUUGGAGACGAGGAGGUGGGUUCCUGAGGUCGUUUCUCUCACGACGCCGGAAUAUGCCGCCGCCGGCGAAGGCUCGGGCUUUGGGGAAGCUGUCGGGUUUCCGAAGGUGUUGCAAGGUCAAGAAAAGUUUCCUUCCAGAGCGCCGCUCGAGGGGGUUCACGGCGGCGUUUGGCCGCCGGUGCAAGGCGUCGGGCUCGGCCCGUUCGGAGGAGCUCAUCUCUCCGGCACAUCGUCGGCGCAGCCGGCGCAAGCUUCCUCGCCGUCCUCCGUGCUGAUGUUUCAGCAAGAGCCGCAUCAGUUUCAGCGCUGUUGGUGGUCCUCCGCCACCGGCCAUGGCGCGGACGGUGACGGCCUGAAGCUGGCUUCCUCGUCGGACCCAACUUCCCACUUUGGUGAGCGGCCUAUCUUUCUGCAUGGUCUUCUUCAGGAAUCCCUGUGA